AUGGAUAAAUGCAAAACUAAAGCAGUACCCUUAGAAGCAGGCUAUCAAACCAUGUGCGAUGAUGAUUGCAAUAAGGCAGACGCUAAGCAAUAUCAAUCGUUGAUAGGUGCGCUUAUGCACUUAGGUUUAACAACAAGGCCUGACAUACUACACUCUGUCUCAAAAUUAUCACAGAGAAACAAAAAUCCACACAUUGAACAUAUGACCGCUGCUAAACAUAUAUUGAGAUAUUUGAAAGCAACUUUAGAUUUUAAACUUUUAUAUCGUGCAGGUGGCAGCUGUAUCGAAGGCUUCGUCGAUGCGGAUUGGGGAAGUGAUCCUCAUGACCGCAAAUCUUAUACAGGUUUCGUGUUCUUUUACGGAAAAUGCGCCAUAUCGUGGGAGUCAAGGAAGCAAACAACAAUAGCCUUAAGCAGCACAGAAGCCGAAUAUAUAGCGGCAUCGAACGCGGCUAAAGAAGCAGUUUAUUUGCAGCGCCUGCUGAAUGAAAUAGGCUUCUCGAAAGAUCAACCAAUUAUUUUACACAUCGACAACCAAGGCGCUCAAAAGCUAGCGACUAAUCCUGUAUACCACAACCGAACAAAGCAUAUCGAUGUGCGUUAUCACCAUAUACGAGAGUUGGUUAACGACAAAAUGAUUACUUUAUCAUAUUGUCCGACGGAUGAAAUGACAGCUGACAUAUUCACAAAGAAUCUCCCGGGAAUCAAGCAUAAGAAAUUUACAACCAACAUGAAUAUCUUGUGA